UAUGAAAAAACAUAAAUUACAAAUUGAGGUAACGAGAUCUUGGGUUUAACUUUACACAGUUUUUAGAAAGGUCAGAAACCAUUCUUUGUUCGCCCUACUACCCUAACAUACACAGGAUAGAAAAAAAAAGAACGAAAGAUACGGUGAACUUCAUAAUGAAGAAGUUUUUACUGUUUUCCAUGGCCACCCUAAUGAUGAUGGAUCAGUGCUGGAGCCAGUGCAGAACAGCAAACUGGUGGGGUUCGUUUGACAAAGAGGGAUGGUCCAAGUGUGGAUCUUCUGUUGAAUACCUGAAAGGGUUUUAUAGAAAUAACAAGAACAACAACGACCCAAUUUAUUUGCUUGAAGAAGGAAGAUGCUGUAAGGCACCUCCACCCAAUCAAAACCAAGCGUCUACUUGUAAAAAUGCAAACUGGUGGGGAGUACUGGACAAGACUAAUCGUUGGGCCUUUUGUCCAACUGGAUAUUUUUUGCAAGGGUUGUACCGCUCCAAAAACCACAACAUUCACAACAUAGAGGAAGGCCAUUGCUGUAAGCCCAACAACUUGCCAAGUAGCUACCUGCGCUGUUAUGAACAUGACAUCUCCUCAUCAUUUGAUAACAAAGGCUGGAGUGAGUGUGAUAGCGAUCAUUACUUGACAGGCGUUUACAGAGGAGGCUGUGACAAGUUGCAAUGUAUCGAAAAAAUCAAAUGCUGCAUGAUGCCGGAUAGCUGCAAGAUGGCAAACUGGUGGAAAGCUUUUGACAAAAAAGGCUGGGUCCAAUGUGAUUCAACAAAGCAUUACAUCACUGGGCUAUAUCGGAAUAAUAACUGGGGCAAAAAAGAUAAGAUCUUCCUACUAGAAGAAGCGAAGUGCUGCCCAGCUCCCCCUCCAUAUCAAAACACGGGAUCGACUUGCAGAGAUGCCAAUUGGUGGGGUGUUCUCGAUAAAACAAACUCCUGGGCUGUGUGUCCUGCUGGCUAUUUCGUGAGAGGCUUUUACCGAAAUAACGAUGCUUGGUUGCAUCACUUAGAGAUGGGCAAAUGUUGUAAGCCCAAUGGUUUUCCAGAUAGAUAUGAACAUUGUUACAACGAGGAUGUCAAGAGCUCGUUUGACAGAAGAGGCCUCAGCAAGUGUCAGAGAGAAGGUUACUAUUUGGCUGGAAUUUUCAGAGGAGGAUGUGACUAUUUGUACUGCAUCGAAUCUUUCAAAUGCUGCAAGAUGAAUGUGGAUGAGUGUAGAACCAAGAAUCCCUGUCAAAACGGUGCGGCUUGUUCCGAUCAACCAGGGACGUACAAGUGUACCUGUAAAUCUGGAUUUACAGGGAAGAACUGCGAAAGUGACAUAAAUGAAUGCUCGAAAAGUCCAUGCAAAAAUGGAGCCAAAUGUGUAAAUCUUAAAGGAAGUUAUCGUUGUGACUGCAAAUCUGGAUACACUGGAAAAAACUGCGCGUCAGAUAAAAACGAGUGCAGCGCUAAUCCCUGCAAAAAUGGAGCCACCUGUGUCAAUCUUCAAGGAAGUUAUCGCUGUGAUUGCAAAUCUGGAUACACUGGAAACCACUGCGAGUCAGAUAAAAACGAGUGCAGUACAAGCCCGUGCAAAAAUGGAGCCACCUGUGUCAAUCUUCACGGAAGUUAUCGCUGUGAUUGCAAAUCUGGAUACACUGGAAUGCACUGUGAUUCAGAUGUAAAUGAGUGCAAUAACAAUCCAUGCAAAAACGGGGCUACAUGUGUUAAUCUUCAGGGAGGUCAUCGUUGUGAUUGUAAAAGUGGAUAUACGGGAAGCAGUUGCGAAUCAGAUAUAAACGAGUGCUCCAAUAGUCCAUGUAAGAACGGAGCCACAUGUGUCAACCUCCAGGGAAGCUAUCGCUGUGAUUGUAAGACUGGUUACACUGGAAACAACUGUGAGACAGAUGUUAAUGAGUGCAGUAACAAUCCAUGUAAGAACGGGGCUACAUGUGUUAAUAUUCAGGGCGGUCAUCGUUGUGAUUGUAAAAGUGGAUAUACAGGAAGCAGUUGCGAAUCAGAUAUCAACGAGUGCUCUAACAGUCCAUGUAAGAACGGAGCCACAUGUGUCAACCUGUCAGGAAGCUAUCGCUGCGAUUGUAAAACUGGAUAUACUGGAAACAACUGUGAAACCGACAUUGAUGAAUGUUCGAACAAUCCCUGCCAAAAUGGAGCUCUCUGUGCCAACCUUCAGGGAAGUUAUCGCUGCGACUGCAAGACUGGUUACACUGGAAACCAGUGCCAAACAGACAUCAACGAGUGUGCACCGGCACCAUGCCAAAAUGGAGGUACAUGCGUUGAUCUCGUUGGAAGCUUCCGCUGUGAUUGCCCGGCGGAGUUCGAGGGAGCAAACUGCGAAAACGCAGCAGAAAACGGAAUAGAGGAGUGCGAAAUGUAACGUGAUUACUCUCAGUGAAAGCCAUAUACAGGAAUGACCAGUUAUUGCCACUCAGUAUAGGUCAGACAUAGAUGGAAAAUAUAUCAAAAGUGUUUAGAAAAUCCUCUACUGUAACAUUAUCAAAAACGUGUAUUAUGUUAACGAUAAAAUGGCU